CUCUCUCUCUACUCAAUUCUCUUGAUUUUGAAAGCAAUAAAAAACUGUGCAUGUCUUGAUCACAACACACAACAGCCCAGUAUUUAUUUCCCCAUAAACACAUGGCCUGAAACUCUAAAAAAACACCCACACACCCACACCAUCUUCCUAGUUGUGUGUUUUUCUAAUACCCCAUUUCUUGAAACUGCCGAUAUAUGGUCAGACGACUAAAAACCAAAGUUUAGAACCUCACAGGAAUUCCAUCAAUUCCAUUCCAUUCUUCUCUCUCUCUCUCUUCCCUUUAUUUAGUGCUUCAAAGAAUUGCAUCGGAAAUGGUGCAAGAGUGAAGUGGAUUUCCAUGGCCACUCUGGCUUUGAUGGGAGGUGUGCUCAGCUCCAAUGGCGAUGUAGUCUUGCUGUUUUUUGUACAAUUUUUGCAGAACAAGACAGGUUUGGAAUAAAAAGGGAAAUAAAGAACCAAAACAGAAGGAUACAAAAAUAUGGCUUCCAAGAUCCCAUCAUCAUCUUCUUCCCCAAUCAUUUCUCUUCUUGUCUUCUUUGCGCUGCUUGUCUUCUCCGUUUGUCCCGUCCGGCCGCAGGAAACCGCCGCCUUCAACCAGACUUUCCGGCCCGGCGACGAGUUGAGGAAGAUGAAAAUGAUCAGAGAUCAUCUCAUGAAGAUCAACAAGCCUGCUGUCAAAACCAUUCAGAGUCCGGAAGGGGAUAUAAUUGAUUGCGUUCCGUCUCAUAAACAACCGGCGUUCGAUCAUCCGAGGUUGAAGGGACAGAAGCCUUUGGAUCCGCCGGAAAGGCCGAAGGGACACGACACAAUGAACGAGAGACUGUACGAGAAUUUUCAGCUGUGGAGCUUGUCCGGCGAAUCAUGCCCGGAAGGAACAGUUCCGAUCAGACGAACAUUUGAAGAUGACAUUCUUAGAGCUUCUUCUGUCCGGAGAUUCGGAAGAAAAAUUGUUGCCCCUGUCCGAAGAGAUUCCACCAGCAAUGGCCACGAACAUGCAGUUGGAUAUGUAUCUGGAGAAGAAUAUUAUGGAGCAAAGGCAAGCAUAAAUGUAUGGGCGCCUCGCGUGGCUAACCAAUUCGAAUUCAGCUUGUCACAAAUGUGGGUUAUUUCUGGAUCUUUUGGGGAUGAUCUCAACACCAUUGAAGCCGGUUGGCAAAUUAGUCCAGAGCUAUAUGGAGAUAAGUACCCGAGAUUCUUCACCUAUUGGACGAGUGAUGCAUAUCAAGCGACUGGGUGUUACAAUUUGCUGUGCUCAGGCUUUGUUCAGACUAAUAACAGAAUUGCGAUUGGCGCGGCGAUCUCACCGACAUCCUCGUAUAACGGUGGUCAAUAUGACAUCAGCAUUUUAAUCUGGAAGGACCCCAAGCAUGGGAAUUGGUGGCUGGAGUUUGGAUCAGGGAACUUAGUAGGGUACUGGCCUUCAUUCUUGUUCACACAUCUCAGGAGUUCAGCCAGUAUGGUACAAUUUGGGGGUGAAAUUGUGAAUAGCAAAACCUCAGGGGCCUCCCACACAUCAACCCAAAUGGGGAGUGGACAUUUUGCAGGAGAGGGCUUUGGAAAAGCUUCAUAUUUUCGAAAUCUGCAGGUUGUGGAUUGGGAUAAUAGCCUAAUACCAUUGUCCAAUCUCAAAGUUUUGGCUGACCAUCCAAGCUGUUAUGAUAUACAAGGAGGGAUUAAUCGAGUUUGGGGUAAUUAUUUUUAUUAUGGAGGGCCUGGGAGAAAUUCUAGAUGUUCCUAAAGGGUACAUCUGCAGUUUUCUUCUCUUUUUUGGGGGUUUUUUUUUCUUGGGAUUUGGGGUAUUCUUUCCAUUGUAUUUUUCACUAACAAGUGAUCCAUUAAUUUAUACCACCUUGUAGGGGCAUUGUGUAAAUUGGUCAAAUGAAGAAAAUAUAUACUACUGAAUAUAUGAUAUGAUUUUGUUGUGCAA